AGUGUUGCAAUGAUGGGGCCAAGGCAUCCUCUCAUUCUACAUUUAGCAUUGGUCAGGUCACACAGUCUUUGUCCUCGUCUGUUUCUAUUUCGCCAGAAAAAAUGGCCAGCAAGUUAACACAACAACAGAUCACAGAGUACAAAGGUGUUUUUGAGAUGUUUGAUGAAGAGGGAAAUGGAGAGGCGAAGACACAAGAGCUGGAGAGACUGAUGAGUUUAAUGGGAAUCAACCCUACUAAGCGGGAGCUCGGCCAGAUGGCUAAAGAUGUGGACAAAAAUGGCAAAGGGAUGUUUAACUGUGAAAGCUUCCUGGGUCUAAUGGCACUGUAUCAUGAAAGAACCAAGAACCAGGAUGCAGAACUCAGAGCAGCUUUUAAAGUGUUUGAUAAAGAGGCCAAGGGAUAUAUUGACUGGAACACACUCAAGUACGUACUGAUGAAUGCAGGAGAACCACUGAGUGAGAUCGAGGCAGAGCAGAUGAUGAAGGAAGCCGACAGAGACGGAGAUGGAACUAUUGAUUAUGAAGAAUUUGUGGCGAUGAUGACUGGGAAUUUGUUCAAAAUGAGUUGAAGACUCCAAUAACUUUGUUCAAUACUUCUGUUGAAAACGUUUUGUGUGCACUAUAAUGAAAAUGUGUCAAAAUGUGUGAUUUGUGAAUAUCUGUAUUCCUUCACAUAAAAAAAGACAAAAACA